AGGACCACUAUUUGUUCUGAUCACUAUAACCGUGCUGCAUUUACUUUAGACGACAGCCAGUAUACAGUGGAACGGUUCUUCAGGGAUUUAGGCCCCAGAUCCUUAGGUCAUUCCUAGCUUUUAACGCCCCUGUGCCGGUGAAGUAAAACAAACAAGGAUGUCUGGCAUCGGCACAGGGUAUGACCUGUCAGCGACCACCUACUCGCCUGAUGGUAAAAUCUUCCAGACCGAGUACGCUCAAAAGGCGGUAGACAACAGCAGCACGGUAUUGGGUCUGCGAUGCAAGGAUGGCGUCGUGCUGGCGAGUGAGAAGCUGGUGCUGUCGAAGCUGCUGGUGGAGGGGUCCAACCGCCGCAUACACAACAUCGACCGGCACGUGGGCGUGGCGGUUGCGGGUCUGGCCCCCGACGGCCGCAUGGUGGCCAACCGCGCCUGGGACGAGGCCGCCUCCUACAAGCGCGUGUACGGCGAGCCCAUCCCGGGGCACGUGCUGUGCGAGCGGCUGGGCAGCUACGUGCACAUGUUCAACCUGUACUGGUCGCUGCGGCCGUACGGCGCCACGAUGCUGGUAGCGGUGUACGACAAGAACGGUCCGGCCCUGUACGCAGUGGACCCCUCGGGGAGCUCGAUGCGCUACUUCGGCACUGCGGUGGGCAAGGGUCGCCAGGCCGCCAAGAACGAGAUCGAGAAGCUCAAGCUGGCCGACAUGAGCUGCAGGGAGGCGGUGGCGGAGGCGGUCAAGAUCCUGCACAAGGUGAACGAUGAGGAGGGCAAGAAGUUCGAGUUGGAGGUUAGCUGGAUCUGCGACGAGAGCGGCAAGCAGCACCAGAGGGUCCCCGCCGAUCUGCUGGCGGAGGCUGAGCGGCAAGCCAAGGCGGCGCUGGAGGACUCGGACAUGGACGACUAAGACACGCACACAGAGGUUGUCACUGCGCCACGCGUGUGAGCCCGGCGCAUGGCCAUGACGGCCGCCGUGGAGGGUUGUGUGGGGCUAGCACCGGACGCCGUCAUCUGUAGACAUGGUCAGUCUCACGUGCUUGCAGUUACAGUGCAUGCCAGCAUGCCGCAGCUGCUGCUGCUGCUCCGUGCUUGUGGAAGAGUGGGCGUCUGGGGGGGGGGAAGUCGAGGUGGGCGAGACGACAAGGGGGCUCACAGAGGGGUGCCGGAUGUGCCUUUCGGCGGUUACCAGCGGUAGAGGAAGGGGCGCAGGGAGGCCGUCGCGUCCAGACCAUGGGCGUGCACUCCCUUACGUGAUCUGCGUGUGCGUGGUGCGGUGCAGCCCGGCAAGGUGUUCACUCCUCCGGGGGGCUGGGUAAGGGGUGUACUACACGUCAUAUGAGGCGUGUGUGUGUGGCCAUACAGCUUGGGAGGCGUGUGAAGCGACUUGCAUAUGUGGGGUGACAGCGACAUGUGGGGUGUUGCGGCAAGUGGAGGGAGGGAGGUGAAGGACGCUGCUGCUGCUGCUGUCGCGGCCAUUGGGUAGUGGGAGGAGGAGGGGCAUAGUGGUUGACGGCGAAAAGCCUGGGGUUAUGGGUUGCGGUGUUGCGCAACUCCUGAUACAGUGUGCUGUGUUAUGCUGCGCUACGAGGUGGGCACACUACGGCGUUGGUGUAGACCUUGGUGCAGAGGAGAUGAGCAUACGAAGGUGCUUUUUUGAUAGUCAGGUUGGCGUUGAGCUAUAGGUUAACCUGCAAAGGGAGUUGCGCGCUGGGCCAAAACAUCUCUUCCAUUGCCCCUCCACUUGAUGAGGUGCCCCCCGCCCCGGCUAUUGGUUAGUACGUGAGACUGCACAUGAUGACCCAUGAAGCUCUGGAGCCUCUGCCGCCCUUCCCGCUGGGAAAUUUCACCGCACACGCCGCUCUGCUGUUGCAACCACCUCCACAC